UCUUGUUCUCGUCUUCUUCCUCUUUCUUUCUCUCUUUCUGUUUCUUCUCCAUUCUUUUUCGCUCAAUUCUUCCCCAAACCCAUCUCUUAGAUCCCUAACCCCAAACUCACGGCAACAAGGACGGCAGGUCGGCAACGAGACCGGCGACAAGUACGGCAACGAGUACGGCUUCCAUCUUUCUCCUCUCAUUUCUUCCCCAAACCCAUUUCUUAGAACCCUAGUCCCAAACUCACGGCAACAAGGACGGUAAGUCGGCAACAAGGACGGCGACGAGUACGGCUUUAAGAAAAAUGAAUAUCGUCAAAUCCAUUUCUCUCAACAAGCUUCGCACCCUGAGAAAUCUCCUCGCAGCCCAAUCGGCGACUACCUCCCGCACAAUCUCCACUGCUCCUCCGCCGCUUCUCCAUCAACCUUCCAGUCGCGGUGCGCCGGCCCAACUCCCUUCCCCAUUCUUUAACACCGUUCGCCACAUACGCCACCUGCGGGACCCUAGCACUAGGUAUGAGAUCCCGCCACCAAUGAAUUGGGGGAUCCGAAUUGUACCUGAGAAGAAGGCAUAUGUUGUUGAGCGAUUUGGGAGGUAUGUGAAGACAUUGACUCCUGGAAUCCACGUGUUGAUUCCAUUUGUUGAUAGAAUUGCUUACGUGCAUUCAUUGAAAGAAGAGGCAAUCCCCAUUCCCGACCAGUCUGCAAUUACUAAGGACAAUGUCAGCAUUCUAAUUGAUGGAGUCCUCUAUGUCAAGAUAGUGGACCCAAAGUUGGCAUCAUAUGGAGUUGAGAAUCCAUUGUAUGCUGUGAUUCAGCUUGCACAGACUACCAUGCGAAGUGAGCUGGGUAAGAUAACUCUUGACAAGACCUUUGAAGAAAGGGACACUCUAAAUGAGAAGAUAGUGAUUGCCAUCAAUGAAGCUGCAAAAGAUUGGGGCUUACAAUGCCUUCGUUAUGAAAUAAGGGAUAUAUCUCCUCCCAGAGGAGUGAGGGCCGCGAUGGAGAUGCAGGCUGAAGCAGAGCGUAAGAAGAGAGCUCAAGUUUUAGAAUCUGAAGGGGAAAGGCAGGCAAAUAUUAAUAUUGCUGAUGGCAAGAAGAAUGCAGUGAUCCUUGCAUCAGAAGCUGCUAAGCAGGAUCAGGUCAACAGAGCUCUAGGAGAAGCAGAAGCUAUCCUUGCUAGAGCACAAGCGACUGCAAAAGGAAUUGCUAUGGUGUCUAAAGCCCUCAAAGAAACUGGGGGUGUGGAGGCAGCAAGUUUAAGAAUAGCUGAGCAAUAUAUUCAAGCCUUCAGCAUGAUUGCGAAGGAGGGAACAACGGUGUUACUCCCAUCCAGUGCUUCCAACCCCGCCAAUAUGAUGGCCCAAGCUCUUGCCAUAUACAAGAACAUGAUUGGCAAAAAUUCUGGCAAGGGGCUUUCUGAGGGUCCUGAAGUCGGAUCAGCAGAUCACACAAAAACUGAUACUCUAUCUUGGGAAUCUGGUGAUGAGAGUUCCACAACUGCCCAACCCGCUAGUCAAGAUCAUCUGGGUGAACCUGUUUUCUCCCUACAAAGCCCAAAGAAGGAUCUGAAAUAAGAGAGAAGAUGAAAAGGUGAUUGAUUACAUAUCAAUGUGGAAAAAGGAAUUCUCUGUGGUAUUCUAACUUUAAACACACAUGUGGUAACAGUUUGUUCCUGGGGAAAGCAUAUAUGAAACUGACAAUUGAUGAGAUAGAAAGUAAAUUCGUGGUAGCCUAUCCUCUGCGAGUAGAGUUGCUAUGUAGCGGCUCAUUGAGGUUUUGAGGAGACACUAAAAAAUGGGAAUUUUGCAUGUGGAUUGCUGAUGCUCAAAGUCAAGAACGGCCAUAGAACAUAGUGUUGUCUUUCUUACAGUUGAACGUCUGGAUUGCUAAACCAAUCAUUUCUGUAAGUGCACGGCUGUUAUUUUCAGAAUUGUUAUAUUUCGUUCGCUUAGAAAGCUUUGUUGGAAGUAAGUGAUACAAGGCGUGAGGUUUUUUCUUCUGCUUUAACUUAGAAACAUGUGGAGCUGUUGACAAUUAAAAUAAAAGGUCAUGUUGUCAUUCUUUUUCUUAAUUUGCUGUGUCAGGCACUUCAUUUCUGCAUAUUUGCUCGGUAAACAAUUCUGGUAGCUGCCAAUUUGUAAUAUGUAUGAUGGAGAAUAUGCGUAAAUGAAUGACAAUUGAAGGUAUUCUUAAUA